AUGCGCAUCAUCGGUGUUGCGGUGGUGAUUGCGCUCGGUGUGCUCGACGUCGUCGUCGACGCCGGCCAAUUGUUGCCGAAUCAUGUGUCGCUGAACGAGAAGCGCAAACAUAUUGAAGCCGACACCACAUGGCUUGACAAGCGGCAGAAGGAGGUCCAACGGGUUUCACUGGACGCUUCCAACAAGGAGAAGGUCGUGUUGGAUCUUCUGAAUCAGAAGAAGAAGUUCGUCGCGUCGGCGAGCGGAAACGUCGCCGCCGCUGAGACAUUCGACGGCAAACGGGCGCAAGUGCAGAAAAUUGGCGAAAAGGGCGGAAUUGCCACCGUCGAUGGGCACAAGGCUCAGCUCAGAACGAAGGAGGACGGCGAAGGGGAGCACGCGUUGCUCAAAGCCGAUGGCAAGUAUGAGCUCGACACGGUUGCCAAGGGCGAUUUGAAGGGCCAUCCGUCGCAGACCGAGUUCGAGGCGCGCAAUGAUCGAUUCGACUUCAAACUCAAUCCGCACGAUCACGACAAUCACACCGGCGACGGAACGCUGUCGUUCGACGACAAGGAGAAGGGCAAGAAUGGAAAGUACGCGUACACGAUCGCGCAGAACGGCAAAAAGGCCGACGCGACGAUAUCGGCCGACAAUCUCGCCGGUUCGGAUCUCGAGCAGAGUUUGUUCGGCCGACGCGGCAACAAGUACCAUUGCAGCGCCGAGACGCCGGGCGUCUCGCAGUGCUACGACGCGCAGGGCAAAUCGGUCGGCAAGGUGGUCGCCGACAAGAACGGCAACACCGUCGUCUACAAUGACAAGGAUGUGCCGAUCGGCACCGGUCAAGUCAAACAGACGGGCCCGCGAAGCUACGAAGCGGUGAUCUCGAAGAACUUGUUCAUCGCCAAACUCAAGGACGUCCGAUCGUACUCGUGCUGCAAAGAGCUGACCGGACAGGAAUGCGUACAGCCCAUUAAGUUGGCGAAUCCGACGUUCUCAUCGCCGCAUCAACGCGACGGCGAUGGGACCGUCCAUCUGACGUGGCCCGAUUGUUUCGACAUGGGCAUCGAUGUCACCCUACCGCCGGGUGUUCACAUCAACAAGCUCGCCAUGAAGCUCGAUGUCUCGAUUCAGCCGAUCGGCAAGCUUCGGUGUAUGGACGUGGCGACGUGCGGUCGUGAGUGCUUCUAUUGCGAUUGGUGUAAAGAGUCGAGGAAGCUCAAACUGCUCGAGAACACCGACGGCAAUUUGUGUCGAGCGACCGGCGAGCGAACGUAUCGUCUGACGACGAAACUGUGUCCGCCGCCCGAGGACCCCAACUUCACCAUGUGCACGGCGUUCUCGAAGUCGGUCUGGCAAAAGGAUUAUUGGCAGAAGCAGGGCGCCGUCGACGUGUGGAUGAAGUUCUAUGAGCGCGGCCAGACGCGUUCCGAGCUCGAGAAGGAGUUCUUCGCGCAAAUCGACAAUCCGCUUCUCGGCAAGGCGUUCAAAUUCGCGAUCAUCGGCGAAUGGCUUGCGGCCAACUCGCUCGAUCAAGGCUCGUACACGCCGACGAAUUCGGAGCUAUUGGAGUACUGGGUGUCGAAGAGGGACCCCGAUCGUCUUUUGGCGUGCCAGCACGCCGUCGUCGAUUACGACAUUGAAGGGGCAAAGGUGAAGACCAAUUUGCUGUUCGAGGCCGCCACGACGGCCAACUCGAUUCCGAACAUUUUGAAGGACAAGAAGUGCGCGGCGUUCGAGAAGUUGCAAGAGAACCGAUUCCAGAAGGAGGCGGCCGAUUACAAAAAACAAUCGGGCGGAGCUAAUUUCCUUUCGGGCCUCGGCGGUUUCUUGAAUACGGUUCGCGGUUAA